CAUAUGACUCGAAGUGAAGACUCCACCGAUCACAUGACUCUUGGUUACAAAAUGGCGGGGGAUUUAGCGUUGAGGUUUGCAGUUGCUAUCGUUUUGCUUCAUGGUUUUUGUCUUGCGAAGCCAACAACGUUAUGGGUUGUCUACAACGCAGAUAAUUCUACAUUUAGUAUAGCGUCUGUGAAGCCAGCAGAUUUUGUUGCAGUAGCUUCAUUUGACAACACUAUCAACAAGACAGGAUGGGCCAAACUGGAUGUAACCACAACAUCUGGCGGGAAACAAGCCUACAGCGACAGCAUGCAAGCAUAUGCUGCUGGGUUCGUCGAAGGUCACAUCACACGACCCCUAAUGGAAAUGCACUGGAUUAACACAGUAGCAGGCUUUUGUCCCGAGCCAUUGUCUUUGAAGUGUAAAGGCCUCAAGGGUUUUUUUGAGAAAAAUCUUGAGUGGAUGAAGGCUCAGAUCAAAUCUCAGGCUGCUGAUGAUCCUUAUUGGUAUCAUGUUCAACUCUAUCUGGAGCAGAUGGCUGGCCUUCAGGAUGGAUACUCCAAUUACCCUGGCAAGCUGAACACAGACAUUGAUGUCCUUGGCGUGUACAUGUGGCAGGUGGGCGGGGACAUGGAGGAUCUGUCCAAUCUCUUCCCCGACAGCUCAGAACAGUUGACGAAGGAGAACGUUGACCCAUCUCUGAGUUUUGGGCCUGGUCGCUGCUCAGCUCUGCUCCGUCUACUUCCUGGCAACACAGACCUGUAUGUGUCUCAGGACACGUGGAGCGACCUGUCUUCCAUGCUGAGGAUUCUGAAGCGCUACUCUUUUGAGCUACACAUGACUGCUGGUAGUAAAGAGCUGGCGCCUGGUAAUACAAUGACCUUCUCCUCAUACCCAGGACCUCUGAUGUCUGGAGACGAUUUCUAUGCUAUCUCCUCUGGACUGGUCAGUCAGGAAACCACCAUCGGAUUCUCCAAUGCGGAGCUGGUAAAGUACAUUACAUCCGAGGCGGUGAUGGAAGGAUUCCGCAGUAUGGUGGCCAAUAGGCUGGCUUCAUCUGGCCUGGAUUGGUCGAAGCUGUUUGCCCAGUACAACAGUGGCACAUACAACAACCAGUGGAUGAUUGUGGACUAUAAAAGAUUUGUACCUUCUCGAGAGACCGGAGUUCCAGGAACAUUUUAUCUCAUUGAACAAAUUCCAGGCACAAUUGAAUACGCUGACCUCACAGAUUACCUUUAUGAGAAAUCUUACUUUGGAAGCUACAAUGUCCCAUAUUUUCCUGAUAUCUUUAACAAGAGCGGCCUGCCUCCACUGGUGAAGAAGUUUGGCGAUUGGUUCACGUACGACAAAAACCCACGGGCACUCAUCUACAAACGAGAUGUUCCAAAAGUCACUGACCUAGACUCCAUGACUAAGCUCAUGCGCUACAACAACUUCAAAAAUGACCCACUGUCUCGAUGCAAUUGCACUCCUCCAUACUCUGCGGAGAAUGCCAUUUCCUGCCGUGAUGACUUGAACCCAGCUAACGGGACCUACCCGUUUGGUGCACUUGGGCACAGACCUCACAUUGGCACAGACAUGAAGCUGAUCAGUUAUGACCUGUUCAAGAGUUUGUCAUUCCUGGCCAUCAGUAGCCCCACCUACGACGAUUUGCCUCCCUUUCAGUGGAGCAAGUCAGACUACAACUAUAUGUCUCAUCUUGGCCACCCGGAUGUGUGGAAGUUCCCACGGAUACUUUUCAAAGGAACAGAUCCUUUAGCUUAGUUUCCGUAUUUCAUCUUUUUGUAGUCAGGGUCAGGUUCACAGAAAUCAGUAACUUCUUGGAACUACUCUAUGGAAGGUUGUUGGUGGAACUUUUUCUCUUGAUUAUUUCUUGUUUAUCUUUCACCACCUCUAAAGGAGUCUCAUGAGAGUGAUCUUGUAUCCAACGAAAAGCUUCUGCAGGGUGAAAAAACAUGUAUUUCUAUGAAUCAUGAGAGCUGACAUUAUAUUUUGUUGAAAAAUAAGGUAAAAGUCAAAGACUUGAAUGACAAAAUGUGUUGAAGCAUUUAUAUUGUACUCACUUUAGCUUUUGGAGGCUUAAGAGUUUUUUUUUGAAACAUCAUACUAGCGUGAAAGUGUAAUACUAGCAUAACAUAACAAGUUAUGUGGCAAAUCUGAAAGUUUCAAACACAUCAUUGAUAUCAUUUUAAUAAUUAGUUAGGAACAAUCUCGAGUAGAUUCAUGAUAUCGUUCUGUGCAAAUUUUAACAUUUCAAGCUCUGUAACUUAAUUCAUAUUUUUCUGGCUCUUGCUGUGCAUUUCAUGUCAUUUGUGUUAGGUUUCUAAGUUUGUGAAAUAAGUAGAUUUUGGAUUUAAUCACAAUUUUUCAAGUUCAAGUACUGGUUUGAAGACCUGACUGGUGUGCAAAACAGUGCAACGUGUUUUCACAAUUACUUACCAUGGUGAUUGUUGAACUCUGUUUCUUUAUGAACUGAGUAAGCCCAAGAUGUUCUUUCUAAUAAUCAUUAUGACAGCUGUAGGCAUAUUUAUUGUUUAUGGAAUAAGUAGUAACUAUAUAUUUUUUUUAGCUGAAAGAAUCUGUUGACAACCAGAAGAAAUAAAGUUUUCAUUACAGCUGAAGUGAAAUUAUCAACUCGGUGCCUUUGACAUGUAUUGUUUAUGUGUUUAAAAAAUCAUUUGGCAGAUAGCCUCUUUAAUACCCUUGAGUAUUUCAAGUCAUUGUCUGAUUAGUUAUAUUUUUUUUUCCUUUGACCUAUACAGUGGUCCCUGGCUGUAACAGGACUGCUGGGACUGAUGUGAUGUCUCUGUAUAGCUUAACCCUGUUAUGGACGGGGAUCAUGUUCACAUACACUGUAACUAAUGAUUAAACAAUGGGAACACUUUUAUUACAUAGAUUGCCUUCAACCAGUCUCUCUGUUAUUUCUGGUUUCUUUUCCUGUGAUCAUUUGAAAUGAUCGGGUAAUAAAAAUGAUAAUAAUACUUGCAUUUGUACUCACGUGGCUUAUAUUAGUGCUCUAUAAAGUCAACAGCAUGCUCUGUGCACUUUACAAGUAUUUGUAAUAGAAUAGUUACCAUGUUUGGGAAAAGGAGCAUACAUAGGUAUGCAACAGAUGUAGCGCCCAAUGCCCACUUUACAUUCAGUCAUUUAUUCCUGUAACAAGUCUCGCCAGCCUAUGGGCAGACAAUGUGAACGAUGUGCUAGACCAAGGUCGUGUUAAGUCACUUACAUGAUUUGCAUCAACACCAAAGUAUAUCUAGCGUUCCCCCUCCCCCCACCCCACAUUCCCUCCCCUGCACACAGAGUAUGACACAUCAAAACAUAUAGGUACACAAUCAACUUAGGCCUUCUGUGAGUCGUGUAGGUACGAUGUGUCAUCAAUGUUAGCUGUUUUGCUUCAUUUUGCUUUUUUCUGCUUUCUUGUCCGUUUGUUUUAGGAUGCCAAUAGUUGGAUCACUGUUGCAGUGGAUCAUAUCUGUCCGAAUGUCUGUUAUAAAAAAAACGGUUUUCUCUACUGUAUAUGAGAUCAGUUUUUGGGAUUUAUUUUAUGCCCGCUAUAGCUGAAAUCCUGUUAUAACUGAAACUGUUAUAAGUGGGACCUUCUGUACCAUAAAUUAAGAGUGAAAAACUGUUUUUGUAUGAUGACAAAUUACUUUUUUGAAACUCUGUGUUGCUCUUGUAAGGUUACUAGACUUUCUGGAUGUGAUAUCGUUCAUAUUUUUAUUAAAUAACCUUGUACAUGUAUGCAAUAUACAGCUGACAGGCUUUUUAGUGUGAAAAGAGAACUGUCUGUCUUUCACCUUGACAUAACCUAUGUCUGGGCUGUUUGUAUGAGUGUUGUGGUGCGGUUUGCUCCUUCUUUCCUAUCAAACAUCUAUUGUCCUUAUCUCUCCUCCUUUUUUUUUUUGUGUUGCUUUUCUAGUAACAGCAGUAAUCUUCUGCACUUAGAUGACCUAAUUGUGUUGCAAGUGCCAUAAAACUCUUUACUAAAACUAAACUGUCUGUACAUACACUUCAGAAGAUUUUGCCAUGAGCUUCCUCUAUUCCUCUAAUUUUUUUGUGGUUCUAGAAAGGUGAAUGAAUGUGUGUUUCAAGUUUAUAAAUCAUACAAAUAUUUGAGGGUUUGUCUGCCAUUGUGGAUUACGGUUAAGUCAAAGAGUUUUUAUGAGUGCCUGUAAGCUUAAAUAAGAUAUAUUCUCAGGCAGCAUAUAUGGAUGCCGGAAAAUCUUUUCACAGUCAGUGGAAUGCAAUACCUAGUAAGUAUUAAAGUAUCAUUUUGACUUUCUGCUGAACCUGCAUUUUGUAAUUAUUGUCAGUAUAUUAUGAAUUUCAAUGGGAAGAAUAUAUUUGUCGUUAGAAUUUAAUGUACUGAAACAAAUAUUUUUACCUGCAUUUUUUUUUUUACUUUGAUAACAGCUGAUGUUUCUGCUUACAGCUGAGGGUCUUUUACAUUCCUUGUGUACUGACGUUUGAGAAAUGCCUUAUAGUAUUGAUGCGAAUUUGAAGUGGACUUAUAUGGCCAUCGCCUUUAAAAAAAAUGUAACAUUAUAACUGAGAGUCAAAUAAAUUUGUCUUUUAUAAAACAAA